AUAGCGGAUUCCGAUGGAAUCACGCUCCCUUGCGUUCGAACCUACGAGAACGACCUGGCUCGCCUCACCCUCGUCGGAGCCGUCGGCUUUGAACAGGCUUUAACGGCUGCAGCUGCUGAUGGAGGUCGAGCUGCCACGGAGCAUGUCGAUUCCGGUAUCCCUGCUAUGGUUAUUGAAACUGUUUUCCCUAGUUCCAUCGCCAAAAACGCCACGGUUUCGACCCGAUUGUUUUUGCCAGCUAGGAAAGUUAAAGAAAAAGCUCAAAAGCUGAGAAAGUCACUCUCUGAAGAUAUUUUAAGCGAAACAUCAUCAAAAAACAUACUGGCAAUGACAUUUAGGCAAGUAGUUAUGCAAAAGCUUUGGAAUUUCGAACUGGUUUUGUUUCGUCCUGGAACUGAAAGAGAUAUGGAGGAUCUUGAAAAUCCAAGAGAGGUUAUCGGCUCGUUCACUCUCAGCUCAUCGGAAGAAAGGGUUAUUUCUGAUCUUGGUGAAGUUGUUUGCAUCUCAGCAUUGCAAAGCACUGAAAGACAUUUCCUAGAUAAUUUAUUGGGAAAAACUUCUUCUAACUUCUUUCAGUGGUUUUGGAAGUCAAAAGGGAUUGAGUCAAAAGACUCAUCGGUUGUUAUAUAUAAAAUGUUUGAAGAUGAGAUAGUUGAAAAUGCCAAGAGUCUUCUUGAAAGUUUAAAUUCAAGUGAAGAGAGUUUCAAGACCAUGGAUUUGAGGCGAAAAACCUAUUGGUGGACACCAUCUAUGCACUCUAAGUUGGAUAAGAUUGGUGGUCUUGAGUUUAGUGCUUGGACAAGUGAGUUUAUACCUGCCUAUCGGCUAGGAAUCAAUGCAAAUACACUUAGGGAUUUAAAGUUUGAAGGAUGGAGAAAAUCUGAUGAGAAUAGGUGGGAAGUUCUUUUGACACACUCCCAGAUGGUUGGAUUGGCUGAUGUAUUAGACAUGUACUAUGAAGAUGUUUACUCACUGCCUAACAAACAACUACGCUGUGGUGUGGUUGCCAAUUACAACAGCUUGUCCAAGGCAAAGAGGAGCUCCUCUUUCUUGAGAAUGGUAUCUGCCACCGUUGCAAGUGGAAUUCUUCUCAUUACGAUCAGUUCUCUCAGUCAAUUUAGUUUUCCUCAUCUACACAAAGGAGGAAAAUACCCUGGAGGAUCUAGAUCUCCACCGUCAUCAAUUAUUGAGUCUACAACAAUUCAAUCUGUACACACUGAAAAGUUGGAAGCAUUUUGUAUCUUGGUUAUCCAAAAGAUUAAGGAUGCUUUUGGCUGGCCUGGUGACAUAGCCACUGAAACUGAUCUUGGUGCCUGGAUUGGUGAAAUACCAAAUUACUUGAAAGUACCUCAUCAAGCUAAUUCUAAUAAUGAGGAUGAUUCAGCUAGUUCUGCUGAUCUGGAGAAAAUUGAUGAUGAUUUGAAAUCAUCUGUCCAGGAUGUUGCUAGUUAUCAGGUGAUUUUGUCAACCAAAGGGAAAAUAGUUGGGUUCCAACCAACAAGUCGGGUGGGUGUCAAUCAUUGGGCUGUCAAUCCCUUAGCAAAAGAGCUGUAUGGUGGAAGAAAACUUUCCCCUGGUUUAAUUGAACGUGGUCUCAAAAUCCGCCUUCCAAACGAGAUUGUUGUAAUUGAGUUGUUGAUGUCGGUUAAUCCAGAUUCCUGCUUUGCAUUGGCAAGGCCAAUCCAGCAAUCAUUGCAUGGAGGAGCUCAUUUGUAACAAAGUUGGUGACAUCAAUAAAUCCAGGCCUUUUUUUGUUAUUAGAGAAGACUAAUUCAAAGGGUAAUUCUCCAAAGAGAUUGAGUUGGGUGAAUAUCUCUCCCCUCAUACGCACAUCAAUACGGCUCUAAGUUAAAGGAAUAAAAAUUCUAUAGAAAAUAUCAGCGAAAUUUGUUAUUGUAAUGGAACUAUCAACUGUAAGCAUGCCCUGAUUGUUAUCAUAUAAAUCAAGCUAGUUAACUC